AUGCCCCUCGGCUUCGAGCGGCUAAACGAGCGCGCCACGCGCCCCAACGCGCUGAUCAACUUCAUCAAGCCGCUGCCGGGCGGCGGCGCCGCGACGGCGGAGCGCCUGCUCAACCGGGUGGCGGCGCGGUGCUACCCGGUGAUGCGGGCGCACCGCAUCGCCGUCAUGGCGCUCGAGGAGCACGCGCCCAACCCCGAGUUCGUCGGCCGCAACUUCAACGCCGGCGAGGUGAUCCAGCUGGUGCUGCGGCGCGGGGACGGCCGCUGGCUCGGCGCGCGCCAGGUCGAGAUGGUGUUGAUGCACGAGCUGGCGCACUGCAAGCAGAUGAACCACGGCCGGGGCUUUUGGACGGUGCGGGACGCGUAUGUCGAGGAGCUGAGGGGGUUGUGGGCGAGAGGGUAUACUGGGGAGGGGUUGUGGGGGCGAGGGAGAGAGUUGGAGGGCGGUGAUGUGGUGGAUGAGGACGAGCUGGUCGACAUGGCGGGCGUGGAAAGCCUGUGCGGUGGCACGUAUAGGAGUAGGGGGAGGAAGAGGAGGAGAGGUGGCAAAGAGAAGCCGCAGCUGAGCUACGCGGAAAGGCAACAGCGCAGGAUUCAGAAGAAGUUCGGUGUUGGAGGUACAGCCUUGGGAGCAGAUGACGCUGUCAAGUCGGAGCUGGAAGACGGCAAGAAGACGAAAGGCAAGGGCAAACCACGUGUGGCGAACAGCGCUAGAGGCAGGGAACUGCGAGCUGCCGCGGCGCUUGCGCGAUUCGACCAGGUGAAGGACGAUCAAAAGGAGGAGGCGGAAAUGUCCGAUACAGAAUCCGAGGAUGACUAUGACGGAGUUGUUGGGCCUGCUGCUCUCGAUGUCGAUGGCAAGGAGAUGAGAGACGGUAAGGGCAAUGGUCUUAUCAAGAUUUGCGAAGACGAAGACGAAGACGAUGCCAACGUCAAGCAAGAGAUGGAUGAGCUCAGAGCGCUACGCCAGGAAAAAAUCACCAAGUUCACGAGGAAGCAAGCCCAACCUAAAGAGAUUGCAUCAGAGCUCAUUGACUUAUCGAAAGACAGCCCACCCCCGGCGAAAUCGGAUCGGAAGCCGACCAAGAGUAGCAGAUCUGACAUGAAGCAUGAUUCCAGCGCCAAAGCAGGCAGAUUGCCAACGAGCCGUAACAAUGGUCCCGAACCGUCUAACUCCAAAGCCAGCACGAAGAACAAGAAGUCGGCCGCUUCAUCUCAGCCUUCCGCUAAUAUGGCAUGUCUGAUCUGCUCGUUAGUCAAUGGUCCGGGUGCUUUGACCUGUACUGCUUGCGCCAACGUGCUCAACCCAAAAGCCGUGGCCGGUUCCUGGAAGUGUAAGAGCCUGACAUGCCGUGGAGGAGCAUACGUAAACGCUGGAGAUUCUGCAAGGUGCGGCUUAUGCGGAGCGGCAAAAGAACUGCAGUGA